AACGUGGAGGUAUCCGGCCACCAUGCUCAGUCUCAAGCUGCCUCAACUCCUUCGAGUCCAUCAGGUCCCCCGGGUGAGGGGCCCCAAUCCAUCAACCUCGCCUUCCUCAGAGAACUCACUGGGGCAGAGCUUUUUCUCAUAUUAGCUAACUUUCUUAUGUUUCUAUUUCAGUAUAGAACGUGUGACCUCUACCCACAUUCCUAAACGUCCCUCCUCCCAGAAUCCCCAUCUGCAGAACACCCUGUGUGUUUUGGGAAGAAGGCAUCAUGUCUGGCUACCGAUGCCCCACAAGUUCUGCCUUAGACUGUGUUCUCAGCUCCUUCCAGAUGACUAAUGAGACGGUCAACAUCUGGACUCACUUCCUGCCCACCUGGUACUUCCUGUGGCGCCUCCUGGCGUUAGGCAGCCCCGGCUUCCGCGCGGACCCGUACCACCUACCGCUGCUGGUCUUCCUACUGCCCGCCUGCCUCUAUCCCUUCGCAUCUUGCUGCGCGCACACCUUUAGCUCCAUGUCGCCUCGAGCUCGUCACAUCUGCUACUUCCUGGACUACGGGGCGCUCAGCCUCUACAGCCUGGGCUGCGCCUUUCCCUAUGCCGCCUACUCCAUGCCGACCUCCUGGCUGCACAGCCGCCUACACCAGCUCUUCGUGCCAGCUGCUGCGCUCAACUCUUUCCUGUGCACCGGCCUCUCCUGCUACUCGCGGUUCCCAGAGCUAGAAUACCCCGGGUUCAGCAAGGCUCUCCGCACGGCUGCCUUUGCCUAUCCCUUCUUGUUUGACAACCUCCCACUGUUCUACAGGCUGCGGCUGUGUUGGGGCGGGGCCCACAGCUGUGGGCGGGACGCGCUGAGCUCCAAUCACAGUUACCACCUCCUCUGCGCUCUGCUCACGGGCUUCCUUUUUGCAGCCCGUCUACCUGAGCGCCUGGCACCUGGGCGCUUCGACUAUAUUGGCCACAGCCACCAGCUGUUCCAUAUCUGUGCCGUGCUGGGCACCCACUUCCAGCUGGAAGCAGUGCUGGCUGAUAUGGGAUCCCGCAGAGCCUGGCUGGCCAUGCAGGAACCCACCCUGGGUCUGGAGGCCACUGUAGCCACCUUGAGCCUGGCAGUGAUUGGGAACCUGUUUAUCAUUGCUGCUUUUACGGCCUCCUUGCUGCGGAUCCCUGGAACCUGCCCCCUGCUGCAGGGUAGCCCACUGGAAGAGGGACUCCAAGCUAAACAACAGUGAGGCCCGUUGGCAUGGAGGGAGGCAGAGGCCAGGCCUCAUUGCCCUGGAGGAGCCCUGACUUGGGUCUGAGAAGGUGGCGGCUAUUCUGACCCUGAAAGGUGUAGCUGAAGAGAAGAGGCUCUCUAGGGACAGGUGGAAGGAUGGAGGACCAAAGAGGCAGGUGGUGAAGGUCUGAAUGGACACAGGUACCAGGCGGGGAGCAGAGUGGGGGUGUGAGGCCUCUCCCAGGGCUUCUGCCCAGCUGCCCCCGACCUUGCUCAUCUCAGGUCACCCUGAGAGCUUGUUCCAUCGGGGCCACAUACCCACCCUGCCCCAGGGCCAGACUGUGCCACUUGUCAGCCACUCUGUAUCUACACACUGCUGCCUGUCUUGCUCACCACUGUGACCAGGCCUUUGCCGAUUUGUGUGUUUGGAUGUGUCCCCGGUGAGAGAAUGGUUGUGGUGGGGAUUGCUGUAGGGGGGCAGGCAGGCUGCGGGACUUUAGGAAGGAAAGUUUUUUUGUUUGUUUGUUUUUGUUGCUGUUUUUGUUUUUGCUAUCCAUCACAAAGCAGUAUAAUAAAGAAGCAAAUGAACUGGA